AAGUGACCCUAAAGCUUCUCGACCCCCACCCGGCGGUUGGCUGCUUUUUAUGAAAAAAUAAAUCUCAGCUCCUCCAUGUUGAUGGGUGGGACAUGGGUCAAAAAAGUAAGUUUAGUUAUAGUUAGUUAUUUGAUACUUUGAUGCUAAAUGAAACGUCCUGAUUGACAGCUGAGACUGACUCAUGAUUGGUCGUGUGCGUGAAUUGGCAGGGCCUGGAUACGUCUUCAUCCCCUGAUCACCUGUGUGCAGACCUGUGGCUCAAAAUACAACAGAUGCCAUUGUCCUCAUCUGGGAUACUUUCUGGACAGUGGGAGGAAGUAGUGACAUGUCGUCCAUCUUUAUACACAGUUUAUGGUACAGACACUCACAUUCUCUGUAUGAGUUAGGUGAUGAACGAGAUUCAUUCCCAGCUAAAGAGUACGUGAUUAAGUGUGUUCACAACAUGAAUACCUGUACACAGCUCUGAAUAGUUCAGAGGCACCAUAUCCAUGUAUCCACGUGUCGCAGUGGUAAACAGAACAGGACUCUGGAAGGAGGCCAGUAGGGUGAGUGAUCCUCUCCCACCUCACGCCUGCUCCCCUCUCUGCUCACAGACUUCACUUCCUUACGGCUUUGAGAGAGCACUAGAACAAGUACUUAACAGAGCAGACUUAUCAACCAGCCUUUUCAACUUCUGGAUUCAAACAUUUUAUAGUUAAAAGUUGGAUUUCUGUUCUUUCAGGUUCUGCUUAUUUGUAAAGUUCAUCCUUUUUAGAUUUGGGUGUUUUUCCACCUCCUGACUGGGCUUCGUUGUGGUCAGGUACGAUGGCUCUCAAAGUCCUCAAUCCACAGGUGAAAAGUUCCCUGAGUGGGAGCAUGUUUUUGGACCAUGGCUUUAUAGAGGAGCAGAAGCCUCCACCUCCACUCCGCAGCUACCUUUGCCUGACUAUUUUCACCUGCUUCUGUCCUGCAUACCCUGUCAACAUUGUGGCCCUGGUCUUCUCUAUCAUGUCUAGGAACAGUUAUUACCAUGGCGACUAUGACGGGUCCAGGCAACUGGGCAAGAACGCUCUUUAUGUCGCUGUCGCCUCGGUUAUCAUCGGCCUGCUCAUCAUCGCCAUCUCCUGCAUUGUUCAUUUGACCACAAUGGAUUUUUAGCACUGUGUAAAGACAAGUUGACACAGGUCUCACAAUCUGCCAAUGAAAGGACUUGACUUUACUUCGAUGUGUAAAUCCCCUCCACUCAUGUUUCCUGUUGUGCACAUGGACGAACAAUACAUCACGUCACUAAUUAAUGCUGCUUUAGACUAAAAAGGCAGCUUCAUCAUCAUCAUCAUCUUGAAGGAUAAUAUUUAAAAAACUGUUAUUGUUGUUACAAAUAUUUAGUUAUUUUAUUUUGUGAUAUGUUUCAAAUAAAUUAUUAUAUUUUAAUGGUAUGACCUUAAGAACUUUUGUCACUUAAAAACAUUUCUGGAAAACUGAAGUUUGCUUGUAGGAACACAAACUUCUCUUUUCUUUAUCUUUUUUCCGAUUCUUGUGAUAACAUACAAAAUAUUUUAUAUUGGAAGAUUAAUAAAAGAGUAUUAUAUAAUAUAGAGUAAUAAUAGUAGUUUCAUUGUGUUAAUUAUUCCUCUGAGUAAAGCUCUGAUUUGGACUAACAUGUCACGAAUUCUGCUUCAAAGCUCUUAUAAUAAUAAUAUGGACAAACCAAAAGAUCAUAUUACCCCUUGUUCAGAUUCAUUUCACCUGUAAGAUCCUCACCUCGUAAGGUUGAAUUUCUUUCAGUGUUUCAUUUUGAAUUUAUUGAAUGUUUUAAAAUAAUGUCAUCAAUGUCUUAUUCUAAUGUCUUAUUUUUAAUGUAUUUAAUUUCUUAUCUUAAUGUCUUCAGUGUCUUACUUUGAAUGUCUCUAACGUCCUAUUGUCAUGUCUUCAGUGUUUCAUUUUUAAUUUAUUGAAUGUCUAAUUUUUCAUGCACUGAAUGUCUUAUUUUGAAUGCCUUUUCUUUUUUUUAAACUGCCUUUGUAAAGCCCUUUGAACUGCCUCGAGUCCAUACAGACAAACCUCCCUUGUCUUAUUUGAUGUGGGAUUUAAUAAACUUUGUAAUGAGUUCCAAUUAGUUUGAUAUAUUUCACUGUCCUCUUCUUGAUCCUCGAGCUCCAACCUGCUCUGCUGGGAAAUGUUCCUGUAGUUUGAUAUCGUCACAGUAUAUCCCAAACUAAAUAUAGCAGAGUUCCCAUCUGCAUUGCAGGUUUGCCCAGUUUGUCACAUGGUCAAGUAAAUCUGACCCGGUUGCAAGGCUACUGAAACAUACAGAAAGUGUCACAAAAGGUGAGAGCAGGUGAUGAUUCAGGAAGAAGGACGGUUCUGAUCCUGUGUGAACAUUUGAUUUCAUCUCAUCCUGUAACUCAGGUUUUUCUAUCGUUGCUUAUUGAUGAAAGCGUUUUCAGCCUUUGAUCUCUCCCUGUUGUGACCCCGGGUUUCCAGGACCCUAUGGGCGAACAAAUGACAAAAGACACACGUUUUACAAUAAACAACAAAAAUUUACUUCUCACGUCUUCCUGUCAGUUUUCAGUUCACAGGUGUAAUUCUGAUGCAAGAGGCCGUCUGCCAAGUCUCAGCAGUUGUUAUAAGGCACUUAGACAAAUUCGAUUUGAGCGGUAAUCUUGUACGAUUAUCUCGCUUUACUUGAAAGAGAAAUGCAGUGUGCUUGUAGUCCCACCUCUCUGAUGUCGCAUCAAAGCGAAACUCAAGAGAGGCAGACGCAAAAUAAAACGAGUGCAGGGUGUAGGCGACUUGAAAGCACUCCUCAGGAUUAUCAAGGGAUGGAGGUAGACUUUGUGACAGGGAAGUGAUUACCACACAGUGUAAUGAAGAAACUCCUACACAAACAAAAUCAAUCUGGUUAAUUCUUUGUGUUUCAUGCCACAUUAAAGGCCGAUUUGGACCUGUUGCUAGUUGUGGUGCGUUUGGGGAGCACUCCAUGAAUCACAUGAAGAGCUCAUAAACAGGACACUCGAACCGGCUGCUUCCAUUAGCAGCAGAGAGACGCUCCGUGCACACGUAUCUCAUGACACAUUCCUGCCAGCUAGCAGCAGUUUGAUCCAACCUGAAUUAAUGAAAGAG